AUGGCGGACCGAUUUCCCUCGUUAGACGAAUUCGACGCUGGUCAGAGCGAAGCACGCGGCGAUGCGACCAGCUUCGACGCCCUCGGUGACGAUGCGGGCGACGACUUCCUCUCACGCGAGCGCGCACUGCUCGGCGACGACGCGGACCAGUUUGCCUCGGAGAACGACAAGCUGGCAACAGUAGAGGACGGCGAGGACGACCUACUUGGCGGAGACUUUGGCGGCCAGGCCAACGUCGGCUCGCAGGAGAUGAGCGGCUUCGAGAGCUCAUUCCCCGCCAUCGACACAACCAACGAGCACAUGGCCCCCGGCGGCACAAUCACAGGCUCCUCGCUGCCCUUCCUCCCCGGCCAGCCCGCACCUUCGUUCACACCCCAGCGCUCCGACUCGCCAGAGCCCGAUGUCGUCCGAGAAUGGCGCGAGCGCCGUGACCUCCAGAUCCAGCACCGCGACGAGGUGUCUGCCGAGCGCAAGAGCAAGACGAUCCAGGAGGCGCAGCAGAACAUCGACGACUUCUACGAGAACUACAACAACAAGAAGGACAAGGAGAUUGCCAAGACACGGAAGGAGGCUGAGGAGUUUCUUGCCAACCGCGACGACACAACCGCCGGAGGAACCAGCUGGGAGCGCAUUGCCAAGCUGGUUGAUCUGAGCGGCAAGGGCACAAAGGGCGGAGCGUCGGGCAGCGAGAAGGCACGCUUCAGGGAGCUGCUGAUCAGCCUGAAGAAGGACGACAAGGCGCCUGGCGCGACCGGGUACUAG